UUUAACGGCAAAUUGAACCCAUGGGGAUAACAAAAAUAUCACAGGAGAAGGUUGCUAUUCAGGCGUUCAAGAUGAACAUGGACUCAGAAGGAAGGCCAUGAAACUCACAAAUUUUUCAAGAAAAAUCUAUCAAAAAUUCACAAUAGACCAGGGCUUCAUAAUAUCCAAAGAAUUUUGUCUUGAAUGUGAAGGAAUUGAAGAAGCCUCUCCAACUGAUCUCGAGGAAUCAAAGCUUCUUACUGAAGAUCUCUCCGUUUUCAUUCUCUUGCAAGAACUCAAAACUCUCAGAUUAGAUUUUGAUACAAAUUCUGAACUUUCUAAAAUUUCAUUUCAGAAAUUGUCACAAUUGAGACUAAAGAUUCCCUCUUCAGUCUUAGAGGAUUCUGACGCUUAUGAGAAGCUACAAGUCUUCCACAAGACUCCCAAGUUUUGGGUUGAAAUAGAAAUGCCCUAUAUAAGAAGCCAUAUUCAUGAAGAAAACGAGCAUGAGCUAUUUCAAGUUUUAGAGAUAUUUAAUUUAGAAGAGCUUGAAUUCAUUGGCUAUAGAAUUAAUGAUGAAGCCACAUUAGCUAUUCUGACCUCACUCUUGGAGAAAUCAAAUAUCACUCGUAUUAAUGUCAUAAUCGGAGCCACUCGGAUAGAGAAUAAACAAUAUCAGCACCUGUUUAAUGCCCUUUCUACUUCAUGCUUUAGUAAUGUCGAAUUAUGGAUUUAUGAGGCAUCUUUAGAUAAAGUAAAGACAGCUGAAAAAAAUUGUGGGUAA